AACAGAAGCGCCUCUAUAAGUAGCUUUGCCACUCUAUCAUGCUGCGAUCAGACCGUGCGAGCAAGCAGCACGGUAUGAGCCAACCCAAACCCUCCGCCGUGCAAAGUACGAGUCAUUCUUCCAGUCAGACAGCAACUUCCGACCGAGACACUGUCGGCAAUAUACCACCCGUCACGCCCACAUCGCCGAACAGACCCAGGUUUCCUGACCUGCACUACACCGAUUCGCAUUUCUCGCAUACACAUGACGACGAAGACUAUCGGCGGCAUCGUGGAAACUCACUCAAAGCGCCAGCACCUGCGCCCACGGGAGUUGAUGCUUCCGCGGGCGCAGAUUCGUCUGCAGAGAAGGGACUCCUCUCGCACGAAUAUGAGGAUAACAUCGUCGUCUUUGAGUCUGAAGAUGAUCCAGCAAAUCCAAUGAACUGGUCGACCACACGCAAGAGUCUCAUUACUGCCUUGCUCGGUCUCACGACAUUCGGAUCCACAUUCGCUUCUUCCAUCUUCUCGUCUGGUACGAUGUAUGUCGGCGCAGAGUUCGGCGUCUCCAAUGAGGUUGCGACUCUGGGGACUGCUCUUUUUAUCUUAGGAUACGUAUUCGGCCCUAUCGCAUGGUCGCCCAUCAGCGAGGUGUACGGUCGCCGGCCCGCUGUGCUCCUUCCGUAUGGCAUAUUCGUCUGUUUCUCCGCGGCUACCGCCGUCUCGAAAGAUCUCCAAUCAGUCUUCAUCACACGCUUCUUCGCCGGUGUAUUUGGCAGUGCUCCAGUGUCAAAUGUUGGUGGCGGCCUCGGUGAUCUCUGGAGUCAGAAGUACAGAGGCAUCGCCGUCGUCUUCUACUCCUUCGCCGUCGUAGGCGGUCCGACGUUGGGGCCGCUCUGUGGCAGCGCGGUAUCCGAAAGCUAUCUUGGCUGGCGAUGGACGGAGUAUCUUGUCGUCAUUGCUGCAGGCACCAUCUUCCUCGCCGACGUCAUCUGGCUACCAGAGACUUUCGCGCCUGUACUGCUCAGUCAGAAGGCUCAGAAGCUUCGUUUGCAGACUGGCCGAUGGGAGCUGCACUCCAAGCACGAGACGGUCGAUCAUAGCAUUGUCGGCUUCCUGGAGAAGAGCUUGCUCACUCCGCUUAAACUCUUGACGACGGAGCCAUACUGUCUUGGUGUUUGUCUUUUCAAUGCGUUUGCCUACUCGAUUCUCUAUGCUCUUUUCGAAGCUGUACCCAUUGCCUUUACCGAACAGCGUGGUUGGAAGCCUGUUCCUACAGCUACUGUCUUCUUGGCCGUAUUGGUCGGGGUCUUGAUCGCAGGCAUAAUCAAUAUCGCCUAUUCUGUCUACGUCUACGCACCGAAACUUGAUAAGGCUGGCGGUAAUCUUCCGCCGGAAGCGCGAUUGCCGCCCAUGCUGCUCGGCAGUCUGCUCUUCCCUAUCGGCUUCUUCCUCUUUGCUUGGACUUCGGAUCCUAACAUCAGCGCCGCACCUCAGGUCAUCGCGCUCGUCUUCAUCGGAUGCGCAUUCUUGCUCAUCUUUCAGAACGGCAUCAACACGCUCAUCGAUGCUUAUUACAAACACGCUGCUUCUGCCAUUGCCGCAAACACACUUACUAGAUCACUCGGAGCCGCCGCUUUGGCCAUGGCAACCCAGCCGUUCUUUCACAAUCUUGGCGUCAAUUGGGCGGGCACGUUACUCGGCUGCCUCGCUGUGCUCUUUGCAGGCGUUCCGCUCCUGCUGAUGAAGUAUGGGGCGAGUCUCAGAGCGCGUUCGCACCACGCUGCGUAGAAUACUUAAGACUUAGACUGUCACUCUUUACACUGUACAACACCUAAUGUGCAAAUCAUGCUUGUUGGCUGUGCU